ACACGGAUGACAAUUUCUCCGAUUCAGCCGUUUUCGUCGGCAUACAUUACUCACACCAGCUGACACGGUAAAAAAAUCUGCACGUCAUGUUGCGACGAGUUCUUUGUAAUCAAUCGUGCAGAUAUAGAAGUUUACCCUCAUCCAUUGUUUCAUUGAUUACCAGUGUUGUCAUUAAAUCACUUUUUUUUACAAACCAUUAAGGUGACAUGAAAGGGUCAUUCUAUACGUAUCGAAACGUGAAAAUAUUUAUAAAACUUUUCUCCAAACUGAAUAAACAAUGUUGACUAAAAGUGGUGGAAUUCAACGGAUUAUUCUCUUUCCUAUAUUUAAAAAGCAACGUUAACAUCUAAUCAUUUUCUGCAACCUGAUGUUGUUACUUCGUGUUUGAGUGUACUCAAUAAAAGAAAUAUUUACAAAAAAUAGUACAUAUUGGCAGAUUUUAUUAUUUACGUAACAUUUGUGUAAAUAUGUAACCGUUGUAUGAUGCGUAUAUACAGGGUGUAACAGAACUCGUAGUCAAGGUUUAUACAGCGCUAUCCUUGAAAUUGGAUCUUUGAAAUUGGAUCGUUGAAAAAGGAAUCGAAAAGUCCUUUAAUAUUUUUUCCUACAGUGCAUAAAUUUCCUGUAAUAUUUUUUCCUACAGUGCAUAAAUUUCCUGUAAUAUUUUUUCCUAUAGUGCAUAAAUUUCCUGUAAUAACUAAGUAAAGCACAGCCAAUAAAUCGCGUUUCCGAACGGAAAGCAUAACGAAGGCAUAUUACGUCCUGUUACGUCCUUUCCGCUAUACCUGCCGUUCGGAAACGCGAUUUAUUGGCUGUGCUCUGGGGGGUCUAUUACGUAAAGCAAAUUGAGCAAAAAUGUGAAAAAUGAGUAGCUUAUGGCAGAGAUGAUUUGAAAUAUUACUACACCAGAAGUGCUAGUGAUCUUGUUCUUUCAUAUAGCGAAUACGUAAUUCGGCGAAUAUACCCAUGUGAGAUGGAAGUGCGAGAAGUGAGCGCUCUCGUUAAAAAUACGUAAUAAACGCGUCUAAAAAUAUCCACAAGAAACAUUACAAUUUAAAUUGGCUAAAGUGUCCCAUUGGAUACUGUAGGCCAUAAAGUGAAAUAAAGUACCAACUAGAGAAAAGAAAAUGGCGCGGAUUACGUGCGUAGUUAGCACAUGAUGAGAGAAAACGUACUCAAAGAAACUAAAAGUCAAUCAAAGAAAAAAGAAAACUCCAAUGAAGAAACACAAAACAAGAAUUAUAAGAAUUAAAGAAACAAAGCAAGGAAGCAGUGGUAUUGGGCUCAAAUCAGUGGACCGAAAUUCUAGGUGAUAUUAUUCCGAGGAGGUACCUGCAAAAAUUUCUUUCCUCUCCAGAAGCAUUUACUAGGAAAUUAGUGACUAUCAUAGAACAGUUAAUUAUGGAAUGUAAUUCAGGCAAUAAAUCUGGCAUGAAUUUAAGUAAAUUCACAAAAAAAUUCAAGAUGUGUAAAUUUAUAGAAGAUGAAUCGAUUCCUGAAGGUUUUUCACUUUGCGAUACCAAUUUGUCUGUGCAAAAAGAGGAGACAAGACAGAAUUAUAAUAUAGAGGUUGAUUCUCACGGAAGAAUAAGAGAUGCAAACCGAUACAGAAAAGAAGAUAGCAAAGCAGCGUUCUCAAGUGUGGCAUCAGCACGACCACAUUUUUUAAAUCAGUCUCCAGACAAAAAUAGAGAAAUAGAUCGCUUCAAAUUUGUACAAAGCAAUAAAGUACAGAAUGAUUUAUCUCCACAGAAAGAAGAAAUUGAUGAGGAAUUAAAUAAUGACAGUAUCUCUUCGUUUCUUCAGUGGGAAAAUCUUUGUAAUGCACUGUAUUCAGAUCAGGAAUGUCCAGAUAGUAGCCAACCUGAUACGUCGCCAGUGGAAUUCACUUCUUGUCCAACCAAAAGUGAUAAUUAUUUAACUGCAUCUGAGCGACAGAUGUCUUUGCUGAUGAUAGAAAGUUUGGUAGAAAAUGAGAAUAUCAAAAAACUGUCAGGAUCGGACAUUUUAAAGAACAAGAAAUCUCCGAAUACUGAACAAUUCUACAAACGUAGAUUAAACAGCUUAAAUAGAAAGGCAACGUCUUCUAAGGAUGAUCAAGGGUCGUAUUCCGAGAAAGAAUUAACAGCGAACACAUUAUUGGAAUUAAGAAAGAAACGACAGAGGUGUUUCGAUGCAGCGAAGGCAGGGUCAGCUAUUAUAGACAAAUGUACGAUAGAUGAAAGUGAAGAAUUUGCAGGAAGACAGAAAUCAGAUGUGCCAAAAUCAUUGCAGUGCAAUGCAAAAUUUGAGCGAACGCUUUCCAUCUGCGCAGGUUAUUAUUCUGAGUUGAUGAAUACAUUUCAGUCAUAUGCCACAGUACCUCCAAAAGUUGAGGAUCUCAAACCAAGUGAAAAGACUAAAAGUCUUUUAAAAUCCAAUACUGCUUCCGUCAACCGUAAACCUGUGAAAUCUGUGAAAUUGGUUAAAUCAACACAGAGAGUUCAGCUUGGCGCCAGUAAAAAUUCUGCUUCGACAGAAAAAGGCAAUACUAUGAGGACAGUCAGUUGUAAAACAACAUUGCAAAGAAGAGUGCCUAAAGCUUUACCUACUGAAAAGACAAAACAGUUGUCUUCGAAUGUAGUUCAGAAAGACUUCAGAAAGAACAAGGGCUUGAAUACUACAUUUUUACAGUUAAGUAGUAAGAAGCGUAAAGCUGAGCAUGUAUCACCAAUUUUCAAAGACGGAAAACAUAUUGUUAUGAAGACGAAAGAAUUAAAUGAAGCAAAGUCUGAACGACCACAAAGUGUUAAAGCUACUCGAAGUCCACUUAAUGCAAAUUACUCGCCUCAAAAGUUACCAAAAAAUAUGUCUCCAAAACCUUUGUCACCUCUGGUUUUACCAAAAUCUCGAUUAGCAAAAGAGAAUAGACAUCCAUCUCCCAAAGGAGUGUUCACGAAACCAGUAUCACCUGUGAUACAUCAAAGUCGCCUUCAACCAGUGAUAUUGAAACGGAGUACGUCGAAGAACCCUGCCUGUGUAAAAAGUCCAAAAGGAAUAUUCCAGUUGCAAAAAGAUGCAAGCAUCAGUCCUGGGCCAUCAUUGGAUGACACCUCUAAUCGCAGUCCUACCUUCAGAUAUUUCACGACUCCUGGAAAGAAUACAUCUUUUCUGAAACGAAAAAGGCCAAAAACAUAUUUUACAGAAUUUACGAAUUUACAUUGAAAUGCCACAAAAAGUCUAUCAAGCUCUUGUGCACGGUCGCGAGUAAAAAAAAAAAGUGAGACAAGAAAGUGUGAUAGUGAAAGUAACAACGAUAAUAUAUGUAAUUUAUGUUAUAAUACAAAUAACAAGCUGCUCUUGUAAGAUGUGAAACUUAUAAAUAGUAUUCUUUCAACCAUA